CAGAGGGUUUGAAACAUGGCGGACGACGUAGACCAGCAACAAACUACCAAUACUGUAGAAGAGCCCCUGGAUCUCAUCAGGCUCAGCCUGGAUGAGCGAAUUUAUGUGAAAAUGAGAAAUGAAAGGAAGCUUCGAGGCAGAUUACAUGCUUAUGAACAACAUUUAAAUAUGAUAUUGGGCAAUGUGGAAGAAAUUGUGACUACUAUAGAAAUUAAUGAAGAAACAUAUGAAGAGAUACAUAAAUCUACAAAACGGAAUAUUCCGAUGCUCCUUGUCUGGGGAGAUGGUGUUGUACUAGUUGCCCCUCCAUUGAGAGUUGGCUGAAACAAAGAAUUUGCCCUGUGUGGAAUAUAGGACACUUUGUAUGAUUGCCUCUUUAAAUGUAGAAGAUACUCAAAAAGAGAAACCUGCAUUAAUUUUGAUAUUAAGAUGACCAAGGAUC